UCCUGACGUCACAUCCGGUCAGCUGUCACUUCCGGGUGCAUCGAAACGGCGGAGAAGGAAGGAAAACCCCGCACGUACACGGAUUAACUUAAAUGACAAGACGACAGCCGUAAAACCCGAAAGGAGACGCCAGCGCUGUGCGGGAUGGAUUCACGGUGAAAGCCGCACACGUCGGGAACUGCGUAUUUGCGGCGUUUUGCUCCGCGAGGCCGGCGAACGGGCGAUUGUUUUUGAGCGAGCGGCUAGCCGUGUUUACGUCUUCUUGCUAGCUAAAGCCGCCGUGGCGUCAGCUGCUACGCGCACACCAGCGGCUUCUCUCCCCGCUGAUGUGUCACCUGUAGUUUUCAUACCUCACACGUUUACUUGAAAUACUUUUAAGGGAAUGCAGUUGGGAGGGAGAAGGGAAACGCUCGCAGCUCGUGUUUUAAGUCCCAUCGGAAACGCUUAUUGCUCCUCGAAGACAGUCCAGAAGUGAUCGGGUUUUUUUCCCCCUCAAAUAUAAUACAGGGCACGUUUGGGUGCCUCGUCAACAGCUCAACAAAUGCACAAAAUGGAUGUGAUCUGGACUUUAGUCCCCACGCAGAUAACUCAGCAGAUACUUUGUAAAUAACACUUCCUGUCAGCCGUGCGGCUCCACUACUUUUUUUCCUGCUUCUGCUGACUGUGCACAUUUACGAUCAGGAUCCUGCGUUCAAAGGAGACCGGAGAGGAAGAAGUCUUUCUUGUUUUAACUCUUUCAACUCGACUCCUUUUUUUUACUUUCGUCUUGGCCUAAGCUCAUACUCAACAGUGAAGGAUGAAUGGCCUCUCUCUCAGAGAGCUCUGCUGCCUUUUCUGCUGCCCGCCGUGUCCCGGCCGCAUCGCCGCCAAGCUCGCCUUCCUCCCGCCUGAGCCCACUUACACCUUCCUCCCAGACCUAGAGGCUGGCCCUGCACCACCCGCAGCAGCACCACCCGCAGCACCAGCAGCAGCACCAGCACCAGCAGCACCAGCACCAGCAGCAGGGACGACGGGGACAUCCAGCCUGCGGGCGCGGAGCGGUGCAUCGGUCGCCGGGAGCGGAGGGCCCGUGGAGAGCAGAUGGAAGCUCCACCUGACGGAGCGAGCGGAGUUUCAGUACUCUCAGAGAGAGCUGGACACGAUCGAGGUGUUCCUCGCGCGGUCCAGCCGCGGCAACCGCGUCGGCUGCAUGUACAUCCGCUGCGUUCCCAACGCCAGAUUUACAGUGCUCUUCUCCCACGGCAACGCAGUCGACCUGGGCCAGAUGAGCAGUUUCUACAUCGGCCUCGGCACUCGCAUCAACUGCAACAUCUUCUCCUACGACUACUCCGGCUACGGCGCCAGCACCGGCAAGCCCUCUGAGAAGAACCUCUACGCGGACAUCGAUGCCGCCUGGCACGCCCUGCGCUCACGGUAUGGCAUCAGCCCGGAGAAUAUCAUCCUGUACGGACAGAGCAUUGGUACCGUCCCCACCGUGGACCUGGCGUCCCGGUACGAGUGCGGCGCCGUGGUGCUUCACUCCCCCCUGACGUCCGGCAUGCGAGUGGCCUUUCCCGACACCAAGAAGACGUAUUGCUUCGACGCGUUCCCCAACAUCGAGAAAGUCUCCAAGAUCACGUCCCCGGUGCUCAUCAUCCACGGGACGGAGGACGAGGUCAUCGACUUCUCCCACGGCCUGGCUCUGUUCGAGCGCUGCCCCAAAGCCGUGGAGCCUCUGUGGGUGGAGGGGGCGGGGCACAACGACAUUGAGCUGUACAGCCAGUACCUGGAGCGCCUGCGCCGCUUCAUAGGGCAGGAGCUGGCCGUGCAGCACGCCUGACCUCACCGCCGUGGCGCCGAGUGCGUUCGUGGACAUUGCAGAUAGAGGUGUGUGAGUGUGAAAGGUGGGGGGGGGGGGCGGCUGCGCAGUGCAGUUACUUUGGUAUUACAAGAGAUCUGGGAAUUUUUUUUUUAAUGGUAACUCGAGUUAAAUGGAAAAGGAAACUACAGAAUGCCCUUUCAAAAUAAACCGUUUUCACACGCUUGCUUUUUUUUUUUCUUCCGUUUUCUUAACACCUGUUUGUAAGAACGUUUUUCUACAGUUUCUAUUAGUAACCCCGGAAUAAAUUAGCGUAAUCCAAUUUGAAGCCUGACAAUAAAUCCCGGUGGAUUUAACGUUAUUGUCAUUUUGUAGUUACUAGUUGUGUGGCGUUGGACUGCAUUAUAUUGCACAGCGUCCUGAUAUCCUAUGUAUGGCCUCAUGUAUGCACUACUUACAUGCGUAAUUGUCUUUCACAGUACUGAACAUUUUGCUUAGGUAGCCCUUUUUUCUUUUAGGAAAUUGUUCUACUUUUGGAUUUUUUUUUUUGGAUUUUUUUUUUUAAUGCAGUCGACAAAAUCUUUUCAGAUGCUUAAAGAGAAGGGGUGUGUGUGUGUGUGUGUGUGUGUGUGUGUGUGUGGUCUGUUUUCAGGUUGGGUUGAAGCAAACCAUUUUUCUUUUUUUUUAAAUCUCUUCCAUCAUGUUGUCGGUCACAUCCGUAUCCCGGUACCACAGGGGGAUCGGAUGUGAUAAAGAAAGCGCCGGAGCGUCAGGAAGAGAAACGCGUCCAGCGGGACGUCUGCGAGGCUGUCGGCCGUCUCUUUGUGUGUGUUUAAGUCCUGGUUGUGUUGUUUAUGUCUCACACCAGUCGGUCACAGCUGUCGCCCGAGUUCCGGUUUCCCCUCUCCGCCUGGAACAGAGCCGUGACACUAAAAUCAAACAGGCCUCUGUGUUCUACCUCCGGACCCCCCAAACCCCCCCUUUUUUUUGUAAUCUCCAAAGCUGUCUGACUGCUAUCCCGAACACCCCGUCCCCAGGGGAGGUUUUGUCCAUCUGGGAAGUGGCGUCACCACGGAAUCUGGAUCUAAAGAAACAAUGAGGUUCCCCUUCUGACAAACGAGAAUCCUCCCUAAUCUUUAUCGCCGAUGAGCAGAGGACCAGAGGCUCCUUCUCAGUAAGAUGCAGCUGUGGCUCCAGCAGCGCAGCGAGACAGCGUUUUGGCACUUUCACACACUCCAACACUCUAUUACUUGAACUUUAACAUCUGUCUGUGUACAAGCUGCUGGUGACGCUGUGGGUUUGACAGAGAGUUUACUAUGAAAGAUAAACGACCUUUUCUAGCUGCUGGUGUGACUUUUGUAACUAAUGCAAACGUUCAAAAGCACGUUGUAUUCCCUUUUGUGACUUUUCUUUCCUUUUUUUUUUUUGGGAUUCGCAGAUUUAUUUAUGGGGAUAUCACUAACUAGCAUACAGAAAAUUGAUUUGAUUUGUUCGCACGCGGGAGUAACUGGUUUAGAAUCGGUCCGCGUAAACUUCUCAUGAGAUAAACGGGAAUCUGCAUCCGUCUUCGUCAGAGUGGCUGCACUCCCCUUUUUAAACGCUUUCGAUUUAGACACAGAAGUCCCUUAUUUACAGUUUAUGACGCGUUCAAAUGGAAAGCUUGAAAACACAUCUGCUCCGUGAAAUCUGUUUUACACGAUGAACCUCAGCGUUGCCCCCUUUUUGAAAAACAUCUUUGUGGAAUACUGAGGUCACAACUUUUUGGGGUUUUCUUGUGUACAUACAAACCAAAGUGUAACUUUUCAGGACUUUAUCCAGUGUACCUGCUGUUUGUGUUGGUCUCUUUGUAACCAAAGGCAAUUUCUUUUAUCAAAAUGUAUAUUCAUCUUUGUUGGUCCAAUCUUUUUUCACUACACAAUACAUUUGGAUACAAAUGAGAUGUGACCAUUUGUCAUGUUGCUAAAUAAUGAUCCUUUUGUCAUAUUUGAUUUCAAAUAUGCAACAACGGAGUUGUUUUUUGUUUAAUUGAUCAUUUGUGGAGGAAUACAACGAUUUACAGCAAAGCUGUGAGUUUGGAUACGUUAAGGCAAAAAAGUGUGUGUUUGUCUGUGUGGGAUGAUUAAAGAACUAAAGAGGAGCUUCACGCUGGAAUGAAAAGAUUUUCUUUUUACUUUAUUCCAUUAUUGGAAUUACUGGCGUCCUAAAACGUUAGCCAAUGUUUAUUUUACUGACUAAUUUUUAGCUUUUUUUUGGUCUUUUUGCGAUAAUUGAAAAGUUAAUAAAACAUUAUCAUGAAUUAAUGUUCA